AUGACCAAGAUAGCCCAAAGCCUGUUUAUGAUUUUGACGAUCAGUGAGUCAAUUUUGGGUAUUUGCUGUAAUGGCUUUAUCUGGUCAGUGAACUGUAUCAGCUUGGUCAAAAGCAAGAAAAUGUCUUUGUCUGAAUCUGUCAUUACCAGCCUGGCCAUCUCCAGGAUUUGUUUGCUUUGCAUACUCAUAGCUGAUGUUUUAACAUACAAUACCAAUUUGAAUGAAACAAGCAUAGUAAUGCACAUAAUUUCUAUGUUAUGGACUUUUGUUAACUUCUUAAGCAUCUCUUUGGCCGCCUGCCUCAGUAUCUUCUACUGCCUGAAGAUUGCCAAUUUCUCCUACCAUGCCUUCUUCUGGCUCAAGUGGAGGGUUUCCCAUGUGGUUAGAUGGAUUCUCCUGGCCUCUGUGCUCUUCUCUUUCUUCAGUACACCUAUACUGAUCAAAGAAUUUGGUGAUACUUUUAGUUACAGACAAAUGACACCCAAAGCAAACUGCACUGAAGACAAUAGGGAAACGAAAAGUGCUUAUUUUUUCAAGUAUAUCUUUACUGUCCUCUGGAUGGUCAUGCCCUUUUUUCUGUCCUUGAUUUCCUAUAUUCUGAUCAUCCUCUCCCUGAGAAGACACACCAAACAGAUGCAGAACAAUGGCACUGGCUCCAGAGACCCAAGCACUGAGGCUCAUGUGAGAGCAACCAAAAUCAUCCUCUCUUUCCUCUUUCUCUUCAUUGCAUAUUUGGUUGCCUUUUUUAUCAUACUGUUGGGCUUCUUACUGCCAGACGCUUAUUUGGCAUGGAUGAUUGGGGAAACGAUUUUAGCUGCCCACCCUUUUGUACACUCAAUUCUCCUCAUUGUGGGUAAUAACAAGCUGAAACAGGCAUUCCUGGGAAUGUUCCAGAUAAAGAAGUAA